AUGUCGAUAGUCGCACAAAUCUUUCGCGUGGUCGUCUCUCUGACAUUCGUCACCGCUUGUCUCGCUGUUAACGUCACGAGCAACGGAUGCGUGUCGGCGAGCACUAUAUCGAGGUUGAAAACGAUGGGAAAGAAGGUGUUUUGCUACUUCAGCUUCGGGACUGCCGAGGAUUAUCGCAGCGACUACAACCAAUUUCCGAGAUCCACUCUCGGUGGAUUGGUUUGUCAGAGCGAGGACUGCUCGCAAGCAUGGCAGGGUGAGCGAUGGUUGGACGUGAAGACGACUGCUGUGCGUCAAAUACUGGAAAAGCGGAUUCAGCUGGCGAAGCGCAAGGGGUGUGACGGCAUCGAGCCGGACAAUGUGGAUGCGUACAACGGAAACAUCAUGGUUAAAGCCAUCAGCCGUUUCACCAUCACAAGAAAGGAUCAGAUCAACUUCAACACGUGGAUUGCGAAUACAGUGCACAAGUACGGCAUGUCUGUGGGUCUCAAGAACGCUGGCUCCCUCGCUCCUGUUUACAUGGCCAAUCUGUUUGACUGGGCCCUUCUGGAAGAGUGCAACCAGUACACGGAUUGGAGCGGUGGAGAGUGGUACAGUGGCAAGUAUGGCUGCGACACCGCCAACGAGUUUAUUCUUCGCAACAAGGCGGUGUUUGUGGCUGAGUAUGUGGAGAGCUGGGGCGAUUCAGCAGGAGUGCAAAACGGCAUUCGAUUCCCACAGGGUAUGUGUGCUGACAACAAUGCACAUGGCUUCACGACUCGUCUAUACAACCUGGACUUGGGCAACGGGCCGAGUUAUGCAUUUGCAAACUUACAAGCAGCAGGGCAUGAGGAGAUGGGAUGCUAUAGGCCAAUGUGCGAGGGCCAGGAGAGCUGCAUGUAG